AUGGUCAACGAUAUCAAACUCAACCACGCACGAAGAAGCGAGAUUACUGGUGUUAACCUCUAUGGAAGUCGCGCUGAAAUAACCCGUUCUUUUAAACUUGGUGUAAAGGAGGGUCAGAACAACGUUGAGAUUGAGGGGCUUCCUUGGGUGUUGAUUAACGAUUCACUCAGGGUCGAAGGACGAGGGCCAGCGACAAUCCACGACGUGAACUUAAGCCCUGUUGAGGGUCCUUUAAAACCACCAACCACUGCAACACUGGACGAACUUUCCCUCAGGAAGAAACGCACAGAAAAUGCUUUUGAAAGAUGCAAGAAAUCUAUUGGUGCACUUGAAGGUUUCUUGAACACAGUCAACGCUCAGUUUACCAAGUCAAACGACCUCCGUAACGUCUUGGAAAAUUACGAUGCUUCAGCAGGUGUACUUGACGACAAGGUCAUGGAACUUGAGAAAGAAUUGUCGCAAAUCGAGGAACAGAUUAAGGAAGAACGCAAGAGGAUUGCUCCGAAAACCCACCACGACCUUGGGUACCGUAUGUCGGUUGGGGUUGUUGCUGACUCGGACACGGAGGUUGAGCUUGUUUUGAUAUAUGCGGUGACUUCUGCCUCUUGGAAAGCUGCCUACGACAUUCGCGUUGAUACGUCUGGAGGGAGUAACCCGGUGAAACUGAUCUACAAAGCUGUUAUCACCAAUGCGACCAGAGAGCCGUGGGAUAACGUUCCACUAACUCUUGAAACCGCAACGCCAACUUUUGGUGUCGAACUUCCCUCCCUGGACCAAUGGACCCUUUCGGUCUACCAGCCAACACACACUCUUAUGAAGUCUAAAAGGAUCGCUGUACCACAUGCAUCGCGAGCGACACUCGCAGGGGGUUACUCCGGUGAAACGGAAAAGUACCACUCAACGAUCGAAGAUUCAUCCAGUCCAAUGGCGCAUUUGACGACGCAAGUUACAUCAAAAGGUGCUAUCAGUGCGACUUACCGAGUUCCAGGGCUGGUCACCAUCCCGUCCGAUAGCAGCGAGCAUACUUUCACCAUUGUCGAACUCGACUUGGAUGCUGCUAUGACUUGGUAUUCCGCACCGAAGUUAGACACCAGAGUUCAUCUCAAGGCGAAGGUCAGGAACGAUUCCGAGUACGCUCUCUUGUCUGGGAACGCUAGUGUGUACGUCGAUGGAAGCUUCAUCUCCAAAACGACUGUUCCGGCUGUUAGCCCUCUUGAAAGCUUUGAUUGUCCACUUGGCUUGGACCAAGCCGUCCGGAUCACCUACCACCCCGUAUCGAAGAAAGCCAGCACUUCAGGUUUCUACAACAAGUCCGCCAGCCACCUUUACAUCCAACGAUUGACUAUCCACAAUACGAAGGCCAGCGGAAUCCCACUCCUCAAAGUCGUCGACCAUAUCCCCGUCUCCGAGGACUCCUCUAUCACUGUGAAAUUGAUUAGUCCUGCGUUGAAAGUUCCCAGUAUUGGUGGAGGUGGUCUUACCACUAAUUUCUCAGAAACCCACGGAACCCUUAGUCUCAACAAGUCGGACAACAAACCUUCCGUGCAACAAUCCCAAUCCUCUUCUCACACGAGAACGGCGUCUGUAUCGGUAGCAGAAGUAGUCGCAUCGAGUGCGGGUCCUAACGUCAAAGUCGCGAAUGGGAUCGUCGCACAGUGGGAUAGUGCGGAUGAAGAGUCUGUUGAUGGUGAUGCUUUAGGGAGGGAUGGGAAGAUCAAUUGGCUAUGUGAGAUUCCGGCGGGGGAGAAGGUGAAUUUGAGUUUGCAGUGGGAGGUUAGUAUGCCUGCGAAGACGAGGGUUGUAGGGUUGUGA